AUGCUCUCGGUGAGAAAAGGUGAAAGAUUUUUAAUUUAUAAAAUGACAGACGCAGCAGAGCAACCAGUUCCACUUGAAGAUAUCCCACAAGAGAAUACAGAUGCAUCAAACAACCAGCAAAAUGCUCAGUCAAUUCAACCAGAAAAAGCAGAAAAUCCUACUAACCAAGCCAAUGAGGCAGAUGGCGAGCAGGAACAACCAGAACAACAUGAAAAUGUAAUCUGGCAUGCUAUUAAAUGGCUUGGAUGGGGAAUUUACAAAGUUGCAUAUCAUUCCGGAGAAUUUCUCGCUGAUUUAUUCGGAAUUACUACACCAAGAUAUCAGUAUGCACUUACAGAAUAUUAUGAACGCGAAAGACAAAAAGCUUUACGCGAAAAAAUGGAAGCCGGCGAAAUCGAUGAGAACGGCAACCCAUUACCACCUAAGGAAGGUACAGCAUAA